CGUCAUUCUGAGGAGCCGCCUCAAGCCUCAGGCCGCGGAGGAGGGUAGCCGAGCGGAACCCGGGCGCCGGGGAGCUGGAGGGUAAGGUGACCAGUCCCUGCGCCAUCCGCAACCCUUUCUCCUGAUUCUUCAGCCUUCUGUACAGCUAAUCCUUUCCACACAGACCAAAGACAGAUGGCUGAUUCUGACCCUGGUGAAAGAAACUAUGAAAACAUGCUGAAAAUGCUGUCAGACCUGAAUAAAGACUUGGAAAAGCUAUUGGAAGAGAUGGAAAAAAUCUCAGUGCAGGCCACGUGGAUGGCCUACGACAUGGUGGUGAUGCGCACCAACCCCACACUGGCGGAGUCCAUGCGGCGGCUGGAGGACGCCUUCCUCAACUGCAAGGAGGAGGUGGAGAAGAACUGGCAGGAGCUGCUCGACGAGACCAAGCGAGUGCAGGAGGCCCGCCCGCCCCACACGGCCCGAGCAGCCUUGGCAGAGUAGCAGCGGCCCCGGAGCAGGGCUGUGCGCAGAGCUUGUUACUCAGUAAACUUCUUUCCGAGCACAACCUGAGGACCCUUUCCGUCCCACCCAGCUGCACAUCAAACCUUGUGGACAGCACAUGAGAAGGGCGAGAUGCGGAGGCUCUCGAUGAAGUAGACGUACUCAGUGCCAGUGGUGCCGAACUUAGAAUAAGGAAACUAAAAGGGAGCCAGAUGGGGACAAACCAGGUCAGAGCGUGGGACAGGCAGCAGUAUUCAGUCAGAUUUAUUUACCUUCCUACAGUGAGUUCCAAAGCGAAUAAGGGGGAACAUUAGUUAUUCAGUUGUGUAUUUGGGGCACCAGGCUGGGCACUCUCGAGUGUGUCCUGAUGUUCUCACAGCCCCGUUUCAGACAAGAAAAGCAAUGUUAGAUGUCUCUUCCAAUCCACACAGCUAAUAAGGGGCAGAACGAGGGCGAAACCCAGGCCUCACCUAGGAAGGGGGCUGGCGGGAAGUGGCGCGGGCUUCUGGAGGGGCUGAGCCGGCAGGAGAGACCCCACCAGGCUGCAGAGGGGUAUGAGCUGAGUGGUCCUGCACGGCCUGGGCUGGGGUCUGGGCAGGGGCUAGAGCCAGCAGGGCGCUUUCACAGACAAGGGUUCUAGGCCUUUGAGGUCAGUCAGACAAAAGAGGGCUUCAGAGCUGUU